AUGGCGCAACAGGCUUUCGGUGGUCCUCCUCCGAGCCCCGGUCCUCGCAGCCCUCUGCCUCCCAACCCUCCGUAUGGUGGCCGAGGUGGCCCGGAUCAGCAGAACCGCAUGCCCCCGCCCAUUCGUCCUCCCCAGGCUCCCUACAACAACUUCUCGCGACCCGACGGAGCGCGAAGCCCCACGGUUGGCGGGCCAGGUCACAUGCAGAAUCUCGACACGAGGGGUCUCGGCUAUGGCCAGACCCCGCCUCUUACCCCCAACUCACCCCGAGUCCCUCCCCAGUAUCAAGAUCAGCGUCCCCGCACCCCCAACGACCAAGGGGGUCGGAGUCCCAUGCCCAAUGUGGAGAGAUCCCCUCCGAUCCACCGCAAACCGAUUGCCAACCGAUCCGACAGUCUGCGGCAGCAGGAGCACCCAGUAUGGUUCCGGGUGCGCCUCUGGACCUAUGAUGCACAUGGGCGGUCUGGCCCGGCACAGCUACGGAGUCUGGCGACGCGACCCCCAGCCCGACAGCAGCUUCAGCGGCAGUACAGUGAGCGCAGCGCAGCCAGCAGUCACUAUGACGCCGCCUCCCGUUACGAGUCCCGAAAUACGCCAGCGAGCGCAAGUCCAGCGAAACGCAGGCUUCUGUCGAGCGUCCUCGCGCUGGUGUCCUCCGAACGACAGGCGGAGAGCCUCCGAUGCCUGAUAUGCCGCACCCCAAGCAUUCGAUAUCCCUGA